GGACCCGGAGAGCCAUUUCCAGGAGGAGACGUUGGUAAUGAUGCACCUUUUUUAUUUUUUGGCGUCACUGAAACCACGAGCACCAUCCUGUGCUAUGGGCUCCUCAUUCUGCUUAAGUACCCAGAGGUGGCAGGUCUGCAAGCCGGAGAGACCCAGAAUGGGAGGCUGCGGUUUGGGCAUGGCUGGAGGGUCCUGGAAGUGCGCAGCUCACAGCCUCCCCUGGCCGGAGCCAAGGUGCAGGAGGAGCUGGACCCUAUGGUAGGGUGGAGGCCCGCCCCAAGCCUGGACAAUCGCGUGUGCCUGCCCUACAUCAACGCUGUGCUGCUCGAGAUCCAGUGCUUCAUCAGCGUGGUGCCCCUGGGGCUGCCGCGCACCCUCACCCUCAACAUCCACCUGCACGGCCACUGUCUGCCCAAAGGUGCCUACUGA